GUACAUAACGUUGAACGGGACCGUUCGGAGCUGGGUCGUCAGUCUCUCCUAAGUACUCUACCCUUUCUUUUCGCGUCUAAUUAUAAAUCCUCGACCGACGCAUUCUUGGCCACUGUCCAAACGAUCUUUGGCGGAUUCGUCUCGGUGAAGUCAGAGUGGCGUAGUGCGAGAGGAAGCCGAGUGAGUUGCGUCGUUGUGGAAAAGCCGCGGGGAAAGCCGAGUUUCUUUGUUCUGUGCGACGGGACGGGACGGAACGGAACGGGACGCGACGCGACGGCUCUGCGCAUACAUUGUGGUGGUGGUGGCGCAGCAUCGUUUUGUGUAUUGUGUGUGUCGCGCGGUGGAUCGAGAUAAUUUCGUCGUCCCUCAUGCGUAAGACGGGACGAUAGCCAAGAAUAGAUGGCUAUUAAUAUUUAAUCUACGUUGAGCAUUGCCCUAUAAAUCGCGUAAAUUUUUACAACAACGAGAUCUCUGUGAACGACAGUGUCGCUCGUAUCGUGAAUCAAGCAUACGAGGAAAAAGGACGGACGGACGGACGGACGAACAGACUGACAGAGAAGAGCGAGAGAGCGCGGCGGACGCGAUCGCGUAACACGGCGCGCGAGUGCUUUGUUUUGCCGAGCAGCUGAUCCGAGGCGGCUGGUUACGUGAAGGUAAAUGCGAUACGCGCGUCGCUCUUAUCCUCAACGCCAAAGGAAUCGGCCGUUUGCGCGCGCGCACACACUCGGAUUGUAUGCAUUUUCACCGAAACCCGGAAAAGCUACGUCGCGUCACCAGAGCCCGCCGAUUGAUUCGAUACAUUUGAACGUGUACACAAGUCGAGGCAGCAUCUGGCUCCAUUGUUGCGAAUCGAUCGCCACGCUCCCCGUUGUUGAAGGGAUUUUUGGAUCCCUCGUUGAAUGGUUUCAUUUGACGUAAAAACGAAAUCUGUUAAUAUUUCAAGUUUGACGGAAACAUAUGAGAACUCAUUUUUUCUCUUACAGAUUUUUCAAAGAAAUCCAAAGAAAACGUACUGUGAUGAUUUAAAUUACGUCUUUGUUGCAUUUAAAACGACCGCUCAAUAAACCGAGCCUAUGACGUAAAACGUUCAUAAAUCACGAAGUGCGUUGCGAAGAUUAUAACAAAGGUGCAUGAAGCGACGUCAUCGACCGGUGUUUCUCGCCUUUACAGGUAGAAGUUAAUGCUUGAAACGGGCGAAUGGUCAAUCGAACCAUAAACGACAUCCCGCUGUUUAUUUCGACCAGCAGUCUUUCAAAGAAUUAGCUUUUCCUGCAGUCGUAAAAAGGACCGAGAAGGACGCCCAUAAUCGAAAAGACGCCGUUUCGAGUUUCUUUCGACGAACAGCCAAAAUCCUCGUGGAUCUUUCGGCAACUACGUAACAAUUAAUUCGGAGCUCUCGAAAAAUCUGGAUGAUACUGUACGACGUGGGGCGAUUUUUAUGUAAUAGGACUUCGUCUCGAGACCGACAUCGAGAAUAGUGUUGAUCGAUGCGGCAUAGUCUCGGAGGGGCCGUCCUCGCGAACGACCAGGAACGUGGGGUACGGCCCCGAUCGAGCUGACUAGGGGAACCAUCGAGGCCGUGGGCCUCCUGCUGCUGACGGGACUCGUGCCAGAAGGAAGGAAUCCACGACGGCAGGUUGAGGUAUUCCAGCAAACACAUUUCUGUUGUUGGUCAUUUAACCGGCUCCACGAUGCUCUACAUCUUCCACGUUGACACUGGCACUACCAUCACCUUCGACAUUGCGCUGGCUCUGGAAAGCGUGAGCCAGCUGAUGGAGGCGAUCGAGAGGGAAUGCGGUGUAGUAGCGACGCAUCAGGUGCUGCUUAUGAGCGGGGGCGAAUGUCUGGAACCCAAUGCACGUGUGUGCUCUUACUCGGCUGGAACCGACACGAAUCCGAUAUAUCUAUUUAGCAAGGCUGCCAUUGAGAGUAGCCUUCCGCCUACACCGAGUAUAGAUUACGGUUCCGAUGUGGAUCUUCAGACCCAGAUCGAUGCUUCGCUGGCGAUGCCGGCCACCUAUCAGACUCUUUGUGCACGAGCCCAUCUGGCUCAACAUUGUUGUGGCCUAGCACGAGAGCAGACAAGAAUCUGCGAGAAGCUAGUUCAUGAUCAGCACCUUCAACAGCAGGGUUGGGCUGCGGUAGUUGCGAAUCUCGAGGAUAUUACACAAAUGUUUCAAACACGAGCCGAGCAAUUCCAACAAGCCUUUGUCUUGUAUCUUGCUGAGAGGCAGCGACAUACGGAGCUCCUUGACAAUUUUAGUGCCGAUCUUGGUACUCUCGCGAAAAUUCCUAUUUUGCCGGCUUUGAGAGCUCAAGCAGAGGGUCUGUUGAGUCCGGAUGAUCAACCCACUCAAUCCUCCGAACCUGCGUCGGAGAGUUCCGGAGAAAUGCUUAGUCUGCUUCGAUGGAUCUCUGCUAAGGACAAUCAAAGCAGCCUGGAGCAAGUGGCAGAUCAAUGCUCGCGUGGCUUAGAACAGUUUGAUGAACGAUUGAUGGAGACUUUGAAAGCCGAAGUAAACGCUGCCAUCGACAAUGCCAAUAAGCAAGACAUGAAAGAAAUCAAAGGUUUGGGCGAGAGGCUGUUUGCUCUAGAACAAUUAAUGGUACAGACCAAGAAGCUUGUUCACGAGCAGGGCGAAUUGGCUCAAGGUUUUCUGCAGAAUCAAAAUCGCGCGAGCAAUCUGGGUGAUGCGAGCGUCUUGCCCGAUCUAUGCACUUCCCAUCGGCGACAAUUGCUCGUCAUGUUGCAGAAUCAUAAUCAGUUGCGUGACAUCCGUCGUAGAUGCACCAAAGCGAAAGAGGAGCUCUCGGUGAACAUCUAUCAUCGUCUCAAAUGGAUCAUGUAUGUGGAAAACAAGAUGGUGGAAGUGGGCAACAAGUUGAUUAUAUAUCACGAAAGCUUGAAGCGAUUGAGAAGGCAUCUGGAAGUGCUCCAACAAAUCCACUUGGCUCCGCAAAUGUAUAUAAGCGCGGUGAUUGAAGUGGUUAGAAGGCGCACGUUUUCGCAAGCUUUUCUCGUAUGGGCCAGCAAUCUGGCUUGUCAAUUGUUGACAGUCCACAGCGAAGAGUUAGCGCGUAGACGAGAGUUUCAAAGCAAAUUCAACGGUCACUUUUUGAACACUCUUUUUCCGGGUCUGGAGGACACGCCGCCGCCUUUCGCGACACAGGCACCUUCUGUCUUUGACAACGGACUACCGAAGCUGACCGCGGACGAUAUGGAGUCAUUGAGGUCGCAGCUUCCGGACUUGGCACUAACUAUCUCUACGCCAGAUUUAAAUAACAUUACACAAUUCUUUUUAUCCAAAAGCUUUACCGAAGGCAGCACUGGCGAUAUCAAGAAGAAGGAUGCUACGUCAGUGAGCAUCGACGUUGCAGCAAAAGAACAAGAGCGUGCUAGAGCGCCGUUGUUGUCCGACAGGGGCGACUUUGAGUCUGAAACAGAUACGGAGGAAUUUGAAAAGAUCGGUCAGGCCGGUGCUGACGCGGCCAAGCCCGCCGUGUUCGACGUUACAAAACAAAAGCGGCAGAAGCAAUUGGAGGUUGGUGCUUCACGAAGCGUGUCCCCCGCUUCGUCGACUUCGACUAACGUCUCCCCGUUAAAUUCGAAAGUCGCGGAUCUAACAACGCGUUCGUCCACGUCAAGCGAACCCGGUUCUUUCCAAUUUCCCAGCCUGUCUGCCGUGAGCGAGCGCCCGGUGCAGCUGAGUCCGCUGACCGAGUGCGUGGAGAACGGCGCUGUUGAUUCCUCUGUUUGCUUGCUCCGUAACGGCGCGAGUGGUCUCUCAAACUAUCGCGACGCUCUACCUCUCGAGGAGCAGCAUUCCUUGAGUCCGAAUCCCUCCUCCUUGCCACGGUCCUCCGCCAUGUGCGACGACCAGCAGCAUCAUUAUCAUCAUCCGUUGUCCGGUAGCGGUGGUAGCAGCCCAUCUGUCGGCGUAGGCGCUACCGAUUUUAUGGGUACCGAGUUUUACAUGGAUGAAUCUCUACCGAGCAGUCUCAGUGAGCAUCCUGUCGACGGCCAGCAUCAGGCUAUCAUGUCCCUUCUUCAGGAAAAUCUCGGUAAUACGCGCGAGGAAGUGGAAAGAUUGCAAUCCAUUCUGAAGACUAUGAAGAUAGUUGUAUGCGAAGAAUUGAAUUUCGUUCGGAACGAAUUGACGAUUCUACGAGAGCGAUCUAACGAGGACAAGAGUGGUCUCAUUGAGAUGACGGAACGCGCGCGAGUGGCAUUGUCCUUAUACUCGCAAGAGUGCGAUCGACGACUUCAAGAGCGCGAGCAGGAAUUGACGCUUGAGCAUGAGUUUAAGAUAACAGAUGUCAAGAAGCUGAUACAGAAUCAUGAAGAAGAAAUUUGCACACUCAAGCAUAAUCUUCUAGAAAAGGAGACAGAAUUGACAGAGCACGAGCGGUUGGUGGCUACGAUGCGUCAAAAGCUGGAAGAUGAACAAAUCGAGAGGGGAAACUUACAGACUCGUUUACACCAGCAACUUGAAGACUAUUCGAGAAUAUUGGAACAAGCGCGCAUAGAUAAGGAAGAGGCUGUGAAAAAGGCGAAUGAUGAAAGAUUUCUCGAGAUUACCUCUCUGACGAAUUCCUUGACACAGUGUCAGAAGCGAAUUCAAGAAUUGGAAGAGAAAUUGAUCACUGCUCGCAAUGAUCAAGAAAGAAUGGUGAAAGAGGUGACCGAUAAAGUCCAAACAGAAUAUAAGACGGAGUUGGAAACCAUUCGAAGUCGCUUUAAACUAAUGGCUGCUUCUACCAUGGAAAGGAGUCCCAGUGAUUCCAGUUUAGAAAGAAUUGAGCGGACAGAUGUUAUUGAAUUAGCGAAUCACGAGGCGAUCUUAGAGCAAGCAAGGGAAGAUAUGAAAGUAGAAAACGCUAUGGCCGUUCGUACUGCUAUAGAAAAGGAAAGAGCUGAUUGCAUGACGAAAUUAGAUAACGAAUUAAAAUUGGCAAAGGAAGUAGUUGAAGAGAAAAAAGAGAUUGAGAUGUACAGAGUAAGAACAAUUGCGUUGAUUGAACAGGGCAAGCGUUACAAGAACAUGAUAGAUCGAUUAAUUGAAGAAUUUGGAUUGAAAUCAGAGAUACAACAAACGAUGAAGGAGAAGGUGAAAAAUCUUGAAACGGACAAAGCAUGGUUAGAGAACAAUGAGGCAUUGAAGACAAUGCGGACAAUCAUGGAACAAAGUAAAGAUACUUUAUAUUCUCUAGAAUCUGAAGCAUGCAAGGAUUUAACUUACGAUCGACUGGAUGGCAGUCAAGUUGAUCUAGAGAAAGUUUUCAAGAAUCUAGAGUCUGAAAAGUACGAAGUUGAGGUCUCAGAAUCAAAGAAAGUGCGGUUAGAGGCUGAUGAUGAUGAUCUGACUCGUUUAUCCAGGCGACUUGAAAUUCUCGAAAACGACAACAAGAGGCUGUCCUGCGAGUUGAAUUCAAUACGUGCUAGUAAAGUGAUGGCCGAAGCGAAGGUAGAGGCAUUAAUGACAGAUAAAAUUCGUUUAGAAAUCGAGUUAUUGAAGGAACGAACCAAGAAGGUAUUUAGUAUCGACUCGUCGUUGCUACCUUCUGAAAACCGUGAUAGAGAUAUGAAUGCAUCGGUUGCGGUAGUUUCGGACUCUAGUUCAAGUCGAGAUGCGGCUACAAGUCCAGAACCGAGUCGACGAUCAUCUUCCAAAUCCAUAUGCUUCCACCCUUCCCUUUCCUCGUAUAUACAUAAGAAGGUCGCGGAAAAAGUGGCCAAGAUGGUGCAACAAGGGAUCGUUACUACCACCAGUUGCAAUCCAGGCGACGUGGUACUCAUAGUCUGGGAUACUGUACAUGGAAAUUAUGCAGUAUAUCAGGAAUCCUCGACUCUUUAUUUCCUUCAUUCGGACUACGUAGACGCAUUGGAAAUAGGGAUGAAUUUGAGCGGUUCUCGGAAAUGCGUUCUCGCUGAAGUGAUCGAUAAGGAAUAUUGUCACGCGAGAAAGCAUGAAAAUCGGUACCAUGUCCCCCGUGGCACAAAAUUUUACAGAGUGCGCGCUAAACCUCGAGAUGUACGCGUAUUGGCAGAUGAAACAGGUUCAUCGGGUUCAAUGUCGAAGAGUCAACUACCGUAAUUUUCCCGUAAUUUCAGACUAAAUGUCGAGAAUCCUUUGAUUCUUGCCUAGUACAAGCGCUGUGAUCGAGGAUUUGCUUCGGCAGGUCGCGUUUGUUACAAGACCAAGUUACCCAGAAUGCAAAUCCAGAACUUAUGUCUCUGCAACCAUCCAGAAACCUCGGUUAAAACCUGCCAGAGCCUCUAGACGCAUCCUUGAUAUCGAAAAACAUUAGGGUGAUGAUCCACAAUGAAAGAGGUAUGUGCAAGUUGGAUAAACAUGAAAUGAGAUGGAAGGAUGCGCCGGCGUUUUUUAUUGUGAUAUAAGUAAUUUUUAAACGAGUGAAACAUAUUUGCCGAAUGCUGUGGCUAGCUGUGAAGCGUAACGAUAGUUGCAUUCUUUGACUUUUCUUUUUCUAUAAAUGAGAAAACAAAGGGAUGUGAAUGCCGUUGACGAUUCUCUUUUUCAAUAAUUUGAUAGGAAGACCAAUAGAAUGAAAUACAGAAAGAGAAAGAGAGAGAGAGCGAGAGAGAGAGAGAGAGAGAGAGAGAGAGAGAGAGAGAUAUUAACUUCAAUAUUAGAUGUACAAUGCGGGAAGACGAAAACCAGUCCCUCAGACAACGUUCAGUUUUCUCUUUCCGCAUUCCAAUCAUUAUCUUUGCACUAUACGAAACGAAAAAACGUAAUUGUAAGUUUUACAAAACCGUUGUAGGAGAAUAUGCGAUUUAUGUAUUAUAAAUACAUGUAUAAUCGCAUUAGGUAAAUAAUAUAUACAUAUGUAUGGACGUGUGUGUGUGUGUGUAUUAUAUGUGUAAAAUUAUUUAUAAAUAUUACACAUAUAAUAAAUAUAUAAACACACCAUUGUACGAAACGUGCAAUAUCGAAUAUCUCACAGGUCCUAAAGUGGGGCUAAAAUUUUAUAAGAUGAAAAUUGUAUCUUGCAAUACAACUGUGUUGUGCAAUUUCGCAACUAUAUCUAAUAUGUUAGAAUAUUUAUACGAAAAGAUUGUGCUACGCGACAUUAUUUCCGACGAUUCUUUUAACAAUGUCUUGCAUAGUUUUUGUCGUAUGAGAAUCGUCCUUUCACUUUUCAUAUAUUUUCAGAUAUACUCACUUUCAUAUUUCUCCCUCUUCUCUCGUUACUCACUUUCGUAGUCUCUUAGUAAAUAUCAACGAGUUUGAGAGAUACGUAAACAUAAGCCAAUGUUUCUAUUGAAAUAAACAAAGGCUGCACAGUAUCGUUCCCAAUUUACUUAUUUUAUAAGAAAACGUUAGUUUAAGCAAUGCCCAUUGGAGAGUCAAAUCCGAAAGAGAGGCAUUCACGUAGGACAAAUUUUAAAACUGUACACAUACACGUAUAUGUAUAUAUCUUUUUUCUACUGUUUGACCGGUGUCCAUGCGAGUAUACUCACCGCUUUUACAUGAAGAGUCGCUUGCGGAGGAUUGCUCGUAAAAGCUCCUUUAGUUGUAUUUUUUUGUAUCAUUAAACAUUGUUAACUACUAUCUCGUUUCUCGUGAUGCGUAAACACUCAUAGUACAGUACAAUAGCUGUGAUUAUUAGCUUCAUGUUCUCACUUCUACUUAAUCACACACACACUCACAUGCAUACUUCUACUUAAUUAAAUUAAAUAAUUCCUCACGGUGUCGAACAACGAUUCGUUCUACGUAACCAAAAGAGGAUAUAUAAAUAUAUAAAUGAUAUUCUUUUUCUUUUUAUAAAAAGGAAUGCAAAACUAAUUCCUCGGCCAUCUUCAAAGAGCGACGAUUAUUGUUUGUUCGCGAUGAUUUCAAAUUUGGAGCGUCCAAUUUGCAGGUGAUUUGUAAAAUAUGCUGAUACGUAAGAUAAACUGUUCGAUAGGAUAUUAAGUUAUCUCUCUCGAGUUUCUCUCGAGGAAAGGAUAUGUUCGCUUUUAGCGAAUACAGCACACACAAAAUAGUAGCUAAUAAUAUUAUUCUUUCGCCUUCAGUUUGCACGCGUACUUCGCACAUACGUGCGCAAGACAAUGGAGUUUUAAUACCGAAAAGAUGGAUGGAUAAAUAACUUCCUCCUUUUUUCAAAAACAUAAUUUCUCUCUUCGCUAUCAUUAUUUGUCGCCCGAAAUCGCAUACGGAGGAGUAUGAAGUCUUGUACAUCGAAGUAAUACCAGUGUCGUGUAAAAAAAUAUAAUGACAAUAGUAACACGUUUUACUGCCACACGAUGAUGAAAAAUUAUUAAAAUUUGAAUUGUCGUACAAUUGAUCUGCGUAUGUGAUUUCUGCGUUAGUUUAGAUACGAUUCCUAUUAUACCAAACUUGUAUGUAAAUUUGAUAGUGGCAAAAAAACUUGAUGCACUGAAACUCUCCCAGACACACAAAGCUCAAAUGUUAUGUUGCUUUGAACUGAAAAUUUUUUGGUUGAACAUUUUUUACUCUCAGUAUGUAGAGAGAGUGAGAGUUCCCUUUUUUUGUAAAUAUAUUAAUAAAUUUACAGUAUCAUAGAUGCAUUGAAAACAAGCGAAAAUUAAUGAUUUAUUGCGAUAAAUUUGGAAAUUAAUAACUAUUUUUCUUGAUAUAAAAACUAAAACGGAGGAAAAAAGCAGAUCGUGUUUGCACGUACGUAUAUAUGCGAUUUUAUCAUAUUUUUAAAUAGCUACAUCGCGAUAAAUCAGUUAAGAUUGAGCUAAUCACAUUUGAGAGAUUGACGAAAAAUAAAAUUAUUUAAAAGGAUAUUCGUCACUCUGAAUGGAAAAGAUGUUCUGUUGUUAUAAACAUUUAAACAUACAUAUAUAAGUGUCCGUGCGUACGAUAUCGUGAUUUUUAUUUAUACUCGACUUGCAGCUCGAAGAGUGGCGAAAAACAUUUAACAUCAACAGACUCUCAUUCGACUCAUAUCAUUUUGUUUUCGCUGAGAAUCUCAAAUUCUUUUGUGUGCAACUUUGAUGCAACUUUUUUGCACUCUAUGAAAUACAAGACAAAGUGUGGCAGUGCUUUAAAAGACAUUCGAUUAACUUUUUCUUGUCUUUAAAAGAUACUCCAACGACGUACAUAGUUUGUCACGAAGUAUUUUUUCAAAAUGAAAGUGAAGAAAAUGUGAUAUUGUGCACGAUUGCAUCAGCUUUGCUAAGUUAUCACUCGCUUUUAAUAAUAUAAUCUUUAUAUAUUAUAAUCUUAUUUUGCUUUCAUUAAAUUAAAAAUCCAAAUAUCAAAGCAGUGCGUCAGUGUAUCAUAUAAGUGUAUCAUUAUUUAUUGAAAUGUUUGUAUGCUUGAUUAAAGAGCAAUCGAUUUUGCUUCAUUGGAUAUUUGAAAUUUGUACUUACGCAAUCAAUAUUGAAUGGCAUAAUAUUGAUUGACUUAUAAAAAAAGAAAAGAAUAAUCGAGUGUCCAAAGAGAAAGAUUUUUAAAGUAAAAGAAACAUCACAUAUAUAUUAUAUUAUCAAGAUUCAACAUUCGAAAAAAAAAAACAAAAAAAAACGUAUCAGAUAACGAAGACAUCGCUUUUAUAUUUAUAACGAUUCCAACUUUUAGCGAGAUUUGCUUUUCUUAUAUGCCUAAAUAUAGAGCAGUAGAAGAUCUUUGAUUUGGCUAAGAGUUUUUUAAUAAUUAAAAUUGUAAGUUAGAUGUUUUAAAAUUGAAUUAAAUUAAGUUGUGUGUUGAUCGCGUCUGUAUGGGCGUGCAUGCGUGCGUGAGAAAGAGAGAGAAAGAGAAAAAGUGCGCGUGUGUGUAAAUAAUAUUUGCAGGCGAUUGUUUCUCUAUAAAUUCUAAUUCUAAUUCGGCUGCUUUAUUGCAAGUUUAGACGCGACGGCAGAACUCUCCUGUCGUUCGCAUUUCGAAUCUCGAUAUUGAAGAGAAUCGUUAAAUUCCCCUCAACAUAUGCACUUUUCCUCUUUCUCUCUCUUUUAUUCAUAUUUUUCCUUCCUCUCUCUUUUCCUCGAUAGCACUUUUUCAACGAUGCAUUAUUUAACAUUCUCGUCCUGGCAAAUCUAUAAUUGUGCGGACAAGCUUUUGUUCCGUUAGCAUAUGUUUUGUUCAUUUUCAUGAUAACACUCUCGUAAAAAUAAAAAAGAUAUUGCGCAUGUGUAAUGAAGAAAGUGUAACACAUAGGUAUAUAAUAGCAAAAUAAUAUUGCAUAAUACAUACACAUAACAAUGUGAUCGUGAGAGUAUCUGUUGCGAAUAAAUCAGUUGCAAAUAAACAUGUGACCUUUUUUUUAAA